AUGAGCUCUCCUCGAUUUUGGAGUCAACCGGUCAAGUACCUCCGCUACGCUUCUUAUGACCGCCCACAUGUUGUGCUUGCAUUUAUUUUGGGCGUAGGUGGUCCUCUUGCCGCCGUCACGCUGUACAACACCCGUGAGAAGUAUCUCUACAAGGACGCACCUUUGAUUCCCUUGAGCUAUCCUCUGCCUGCCAAACGUGAUACUACUUUGACUGGCUACGACGAUUAA